AAGCCUUUCCCUAUUGGAGACAAGGUGACCUUCAGUGGUAAAGAAUGUGUUUGCCAGACUUGCUCUCAGUCCAUGACCAGCAGUAAGCCCAUCAAGAUCCGUGGACCAAGCCACUGUGCUGGGUGCAAGGAGGAGAUCAAGCACGGCCAGUCACUCCUGGCACUGGACAAGCAGUGGCAUGUCAGCUGCUUCAAAUGUCAAACCUGCAGCAUCAUCCUCACCGGGGAGUACAUCAGCAAGGAUGGCGUUCCAUACUGCGAGUCCGACUACCACUCCCAGUUUGGCAUUAAAUGUGAGACUUGUGACCGAUACAUCAGCGGCAGGGUCUUGGAGGCAGGAGGGAAGCACUACCACCCAACCUGUGCCAGAUGUGUACGCUGCCACCAGAUGUUCACCGAAGGGGAGGAGAUGUACCUCACAGGUUCUGAGGUUUGGCACCCCAUCUGCAAACAGGCAGCCCGGGCAGAGAAGAAGUUAAAGCAUAGGCGAACGUCAGAAACUUCCAUCUCCCCCCCUGGAUCCAGCAUUGGGUCACCCAACCGAGUCAUCUGCGCUAAAGUGGAUAAUGAGAUCCUUAAUUACAAAGACCUGGCAGCUCUCCCCAAGGUUAAGUCCAUCUACGAGGUGCAGCGCCCCGACCUCAUUUCCUACGAGCCUCAUUCCAGAUACACGUCCGAUGAAAUGCUGGAGAGAUGUGGCUAUGGAGAGUCGCUGGGAACGUUAUCUCCCUACUCGCAGGACAUCUACGAGAACCUGGACCUCCGGCAGAGACGGGCCUCCAGCCCGGGAUACAUCGACUCCCCCACCUACAGUCGACAGAGCAUGUCCCCCACCUUCCCCCGCUCUCCUCACCACUACUACCGCUCUGGGCCCGAGAGUGGCCGGAGCUCUCCAUACCAUAGCCAGUUAGAUGUGAGGUCCUCCACUCCAACCUCUUACCAGGCUCCCAAGCACUUUCACAUCCCAGGUGAUUUGUCUACAGCAACCAAGAGCAAAACCAGUGAAGACAUCAGUCAGGCCUCCAAGUACAGUCCAGUCUACUCGCCAGACCCCUACUAUGCUGCAGAGUCUGAGUACUGGACCUACCAUGGGUCCCCCAAAGUGCCCCGAGCCAGAAGGUUCUCAUCAGGAGGAGAGGAGGACGAUUUUGACCGCAGCAUGCACAAGCUCCAGAGUGGCAUUGGACGGCUGAUUCUGAAGGAGGAGAUGAAGGCCCGGUCUAGCUCCUACGCGGAUCCCUGGACCCCUCCCCGGAGCUCCACCAGCAGCCGGGAGGCCCUGCACACAGCUGGUUAUGAGAUGUCCCUCAAUGGCUCCCCUCGUUCUCACUACCUGGCUGAUAGUGAUCCCCUCAUCUCCAAAUCUGCCUCCCUGCCUGCCUACAGAAGAAACGGGCUGCACAGGACGCCCAGCGCAGACCUCUUCCACUACGACAGCAUGAACACAGUCAACUGGGGCAUGCGAGAGUACAAGAUCUACCCUUAUGAACUGCUGCUGGUGACUACAAGAGGGAGAAACCGACUGCCCAAGGAUGUGGACCGGACCCGUUUAGAGCGCCACCUGUCCCAGGAAGAGUUCUACCAAGUCUUCGGCAUGACCAUCUCUGAGUUUGACCGGCUGGCCCUUUGGAAGAGGAAUGAACUGAAGAAGCAAGCCCGGCUGUUCUAGGCAGAGGCUCUAUAAAUAUAUAUAUGCAUUUAUAUAAAGCUAUAUGUAGAAUCUCUAUACUGAA